GGCCGUCAUGGUCACGUCGGCCAUCAAGAACCUGAAGGAGAAAAAGGGAUCGUCGUUGCCCGCCAUCAAGAAAUACUUGGCCGCCAACUACAAGGUGGACGCUGCCAAAUUGGCUCCGUUCAUCAGGAAAUUCCUGAAGGCCGCCGUCGCCAAGGGUACGCUGGUGCAGACCAACGGAUCCGGUGCUUCCGGGCAUUUCAAAUUGGCAGCCGAAGCCAAGGCCGUGAAGAAAGCGGUGCCCAAGAAGAAGCCGGCAGCCAAAAAAACCGCCCCGGGAACGCCCGGCAAAAAGAGGAAGUCCGCGCCCAAGAAAGCCAAGUCCUCCUCCGAACCGGCCGCCAAGAAAGCCAAGACCGCGUCCGCUGUCAAACCCAAAGCGGCCAAGCCGACGAAGUCCCCGGCCAAGGCGAAGAAAGCGCCAGCCACCAAGGCCAAGCCUCCAAAGGCAAAAAAGACUCCGGUCAAGAAGCUCCCCCACAACACAUCAAACAGCCUGACCCGUCUCCAGAUCUCCAGGUAA